AAACGAUUAGAUAAUUUUAAUUAUUAAAAAGUUAAAGUGGUCCGGCUAACUUUAUGCUGCCCCUCAGUCGAAUACGUUUUCACUAGCACAUGUUUUUAGUGCACUAUCAACCGAAUACACAUAAAAUUCUGAACCAGUACAGGCUUCAUGUAGGUGAUGGGAAAAAGGGAACGAGUCAAUACGCUCAUGCGAUAUGCUGCGUUUCAUGCGGUUCAUGUUCAUGCGUGAAACGGAACGCACCCUAGGACUCUAGUUGAAAAGGAAGAAAGUGCGUGCAUUUUACACACGUGACAAUAUCUGAAAAAUUUAUCUUGAGCUGUGUGUAUUUACAAUAUGUAGAUACAGUUUGACAUUCAUCCGACUGCGACUUCACCUUAUUCUUACUGCAAAAUUGUACCGCGAAUUUACUAGAAAUUGAGCGAAAAUUCGUUGCUAAACAUGAAAAUCAAUGAGAAAAACAUGGUAGCAUUUGCUACAUCUGCAACACCAAUAGAUCGUGAAGGCUGGUUGAAUAAACGUGGUGAAGUGAAUCGCGGAUAUCAAAGACGGUGGUUCAUUCUCAAAGGAAACAUAUUGUUCUACUUUGAUCGACGUGGUGACAAAGAACCAAUGGGCAUGAUUGUACUUGAAGGUUGUACAAUUGAAUUAGCAGAAGAUGAAGAGCAAUUUGGCUUCAAAAUAGUUUUUCAUGGUCUAAACAAUAGAAGCUAUGUUCUAGCUGCAGAAUCUCAGGAAUCUAUGGAGCAAUGGAUGAAGGCAUUAGCUUGCGCCAGUUAUGAUUAUAUGAAACUUAUGGUGACAGAAUUACAACGUCAGUUAGAUGCUGUAGAAGAGGAAACAGCAUCCAUACCGAUGCAACAAUCUCCUAAAGCUCCACCAAGACAGCGGCAUAAUCCAUUCAAUAAAUCAGACUGUCAUCAUCGUUCCCAGAGUGUCAGAUCGGCACCUGGUAGAACAGAGAAUAUACCCAGAACUAAAAUAACUUUUCGUGAACUUCAUACAGCAUAUGGCAGGCGAAUUCUGGCAGAUUUGAAUGCAUGGAGACAUGCAAGAAAAAAUAUAGAAGCACCUUUAAUAACUCUAUAACUUUAUACACGUUUUGUAAAUAUUUGAACAAAUGUAUGAACUUGAACAACGAAUCAUGAGAACUAUUAGCUCAAAGAGUCAACUGUACAUCAAUAGACAAAAAAGUUUUUUAGUGCGCACACAUGCAAGCGAUGCACACACAUAUGGAAAGAGAGGAGAAAGAAUAAAUCCCUUUAAAUUGUACAGUUAAUCUCUCUGAAACUAUUCAUUAAAAAAAAUAUAGUUUGAAAUAAAAAUUGUAUUUCAGACUAUAUUUUUAAAUAUUUGUUGAUUUCUAUCUCAAGAGAGAUAUCUUAUGAUUAUAUUGUUCAUAAACAGUAUAAUUCUUUAUAAUUUUAUACUAAUUAAAAACUUGUGCACACAUGUGUGUAAAAAAGUGAAAUCACUUGAUUUCGAUAAAAAUAGAUUCUAUAACAGAUAUAAUCCUUUACUCUCAAUGUUAUGGAGAAAAAUUUUUCCACAAGCAACUUUAAAUUAAUUUUGAAUUGUUAUUGUUCCACUUUUUUCAGUAAUACAAUUACCAUAAUGAGAUUAAAUUUUCAACAACGAAGAUAGUAAAAGAUAGCUGUGAAACGACAAAAAAGAAAAAAAAUUGCGAACUUACACUUAUUCUUACACAUUUUUCCAGAAAUUGUCUAUAGGCGUCAUAACUUUCUUGUCAUUGUAAUUACAGUGUAGAGAAAAUAGAACUGCAGAAUG